AUGGCCAGCCAAGAAACCAGCGACCUGUUGGCGCGUCUCAAAGCCGCAGCCUUCCCCGGCGUCGACGCGAGCGCACUUCCCAUCAAAUUUGAGCUGCCAGCAUCGAUCGUGGGACCUCAGACGUACGACCAGAUCAAACAGGACAUAGAGCGCGAACACCUCUUCCCCAGCAACACCUUCUCAACCGAAUGGUUGAACAAAUGUCAGGAACUGUUCGACCGCGACCAAGAGUUCACCACCCUUCUCGCAAUGGACCCUUCACCUGCCGAAGCAACACUCGCACUCGAGCCUCACAACGUCUAUGGGCAACGUGGAAGUUAUUAUGAAAAGAACUUGCGCUCCACCCAUCUCAUCGGAUCCAGCACUGUCGCCUCGACUUCUAUCAUGACCGCCAAAAACUCGACCAGCUUCUCGCGCGCGCCUGGAAAACGGACAGAUUUCGUUCGCGGCAAAGCUGGUUACUUCCCCUUCACGCCCGGCGGAUUGGACGCUCAGGAGAUCCAGGGUGCAAGCAUCUUGGAGGCAGAGAGGGAUGCGCUUGGAAUGGAUGAUAUCGAUAUCGCAAGGACCAUCGUCGAAGGCCUGUCGCUGGAUUCGGAGGAAAUCCUGACCAUUCCUCCUGGCUUCAGUCGAGGUCUCUUUUCCGAUCAGGAAACGACUGUCGCAGGAUCCGACAAGGGUGGUUUGUUCAACAUUGCCGAUCUCCUCUCGGGACAGACUGUGGAGGAGGAUGCUGAUUUCGAAGCCCUUUUGGAUCCUGUGACCCGGUCAGAGGCAGAAGAAUCGACAGAAACGGAAUCAACAGAGACUACAGCGGCGCCAGUUACGGAUGCAGACGCCGAGACGCCCGACGAAGUCGAUGCCAUUCUUGACAGUGUUAUUCCCAUCGCAGUACCCAAACGAACUAUCACAGCAGCGCAGGCUAAGGGGCGCGAAUGGGCUCAUGUUGUCGACGUCAACGCUCCCUUCGACGACUUUUACACCCACGUGCCAGAAAUGGCACACGACUUUCCCUUCGAGCUCGACACUUUCCAGAAGCGGGCUGUCUACCAUCUGGAGAAGGGCGAGUGUGUGUUUGUGGCCGCCCAUACGAGUGCCGGAAAGACGGUGGUAGCCGAGUAUGCGAUUGCGUUGGCAGCCAAGCACAUGACCAAGGCCAUCUACACCUCACCCAUCAAGGCGCUUUCGAACCAAAAGUUCCGUGACUUCAAGGGUACUUUCGAGGAGGUCGGUAUCUUGACAGGAGAUGUUCAAAUCAACCCCGAGGCGUCCUGUCUAAUCAUGACGACCGAGAUUCUCAGGAGUAUGCUCUACCGUGGUGCCGACUUGAUCCGCGACGUCGAAUUUGUCAUCUUUGACGAGGUCCACUAUGUCAACGAUCUUGAGCGUGGAGUCGUAUGGGAGGAGGUCAUCAUCAUGUUGCCCGCUCACGUCACAUUGAUUCUCUUGUCGGCAACAGUUCCCAACACCAAGGAGUUUGCCGACUGGGUUGGACGCACCAAGAAGAAGGAUAUCUAUGUCAUCAGUACGCCCAAGCGUCCUGUUCCUCUGGAGCACCAUCUUUUUGCAGGCCGCGAAGUCCACAAGAUUGUCGAUGCCAGGCAGACAUGGCUACCUCUCGGCUACAAGAGUGCGACCGAUGCGUUGGCCAAGAAGGAAGUCGAUCUCAAGGCCUCGCAGAGAGGAGGUCGUGGCGGAAGUCGUGGCGGAGGACGUGGGGGUGGAGGUGGAGGACGCGGCGGUGGAAACUUUGGAGGUGGAGGUGGAUGGAGGAGCAAUACAAUGGACAAGAACCUGUUCACGCACCUGGUUUCCUACCUCAACAAGAAGGAGCUAUUGCCAGUGGUUGUCUUUACGUUCUCGAAGAAGAAGUGCGAGGAGAACGCUACUAGUCUGUCGAGCACGGAUCUGAUGACUUCGUCUCAGAAGAGUGAGGUUCACGUCUUUUUCGAAAAGUCACUUGUCCGACUCCACGGCACUGACCGCGAGCUGCCUCAGAUCCAGAGAAUGCGGGAUCUGCUCAGCAGAGGUAUAGCCGUCCAUCACUCUGGUCUUUUGCCCAUCAUCAAAGAGAUGGUUGAAAUCCUGUUUGCGCGUGGACUGGUCAAAGUCUUGUUCGCCACAGAGACCUUUGCAAUGGGUGUGAACAUGCCAGCUCGUACAGUUGUCUUCUCCGGUAUUCGCAAGCACGAUGGACACAGCUUCCGCAACCUCCUCCCAGGCGAAUACACCCAGAUGUCUGGACGUGCAGGACGUCGUGGACUGGACUCUACAGGACUGGUUAUCAUUGCCUGCAACGGCGAUUCUCCUCCAGAGGUGACCGAGUUGCAGGAGAUGCUGUUGGGCAAGGCUACAAAGCUACAGUCUCAGUUCCGUCUGACCUACAACAUGAUUCUGAACUUGCUUCGUGUCGAGGCAUUGCGCGUUGAGGAGAUGAUCAAGCGCAGUUUCUCUGAGAAUUCUGCCCAAAAGACCAUGCCCGAGAAGGAGAAGCUCUUUGCAGAGAGCGCAAAGUCAAUGGAGAGUAUGAAGAAGCUGGACUGCUUCAUUUGCAACAAGGAUAUUGAAGAGUUCUACAACAGCUCGUCCAAGAUGAUUUCGAUCAAUCACCAGCUCAUGGACAAAAUUGUCAGGCAGACGUUUGGUAUCAAGGCGCUGGGCACUGGUCGCAUCGUCAUCCUGAACAGCACUUUCCAUAGAAAUACCCCGGCGGUUAUUCUCAAGACGGUGGCGGAAGCAGACAUGGUGGCCAAGCAGGCCAAGUCGUUCUGGUGCUGUAUCCUGACCGAAGUCGCCCCCAAGGAGGGUACGUAUCUCGCCAACUAUUCUGACGCCUCUGCUCUGGACAAGGAGGUCUUGAUCCCCAUCACGCGACUCAAGACAUUCAACCACCAACAGACCAGUCAAGUCGUUGAAGCUGUGACAUACCACGAUAUCUUUACCAUCACAGAUACCGCCCUCCCCGGAAUCAAUGCUGAGGCAAUCAUCAGGAAAGAUAUGCAGGCUUUGGCCAAGGUCCGUCGGGAACUGUACCAGUAUGCUGAAGAGAUUGAUGAACGCCAUGCUGGACUGGUCAACGAGUUCAAUUGGAGCAAGAUCAAGGAUUUGGAGUUCAGAGAGAACUUGGCCCAGAAGGAGGUUCUAUUCAAGAAGAUCCUUGCGUGCCAGUGUAACAAGUGUCCUGAUCUCAAGCCUCACUAUGCGAUGAUUCACAAGGAGAGAGAGCUUCAUGGAAAGCUGGAAGAACUGCAACGGACCAUCUCCGACCAAAAUCUCGAACUCCUCCCCGACUACCACCAACGCGUGACCAUCCUCAAAGAGCUCAACUACCUCGAUCCCGAAAACUCUACCGUCCAACUCAAGGGCCGCGUCGCUUGUGAGAUUAACACUGCCGACGAACUCAUCCUCACUGAAUUGAUCCUCGACAAUAUGCUUUCGGAAUUCGAACCGGAGGAGAUUGUUGCGCUCCUAUCGUGUUUUGUCUGCCAGGAGAAGAAUGCUUCUGAACCGGUGCUCACUCCACAGUUGACAAAGGGCAAGGAGAUGAUUCUGGGUAUUGAGUUGAAGAUGGCCGAGGUGCAGAAGAAGGCUGGUCUCGAGUCUGCGACAGCUCCUGGUACUUCUGCGUUGAAGUUUGGGUUGACGGAGGUUGUUUACGAGUGGGCCAGGGGAAUGAGUUUCAAGCAGAUCACUGAACUUACUGACGUCCAAGAAGGUUCGAUUGUCAGGACAAUCCACAGACUGGAUGAGACGUGCAGUGAGGUCAGGAACGCGGCUAGAAUGAUUGGUGAUGCUGCUCUUUAUACAAAGAUGGAGCUGGCCGGUCAAGCCAUCAAACGCGACAUUGUCUUUGCCGCUAGUUUGUACUAUUAA